AACGAGCUCCCGGGUAAUGUAGAGUGUUCGUUGUUCAUCUACUACAACAACACAUAACAAAUCAAACCGAACUGUCGCGGGGCCAUCACUUCACUUCACUCCAUCCACCGCCACUACUCCAAAUCACACUUUGGUCGUCUUCUAGCAAAAGUGAAGAGAACCAAGAACAACCCAUCCAAACGUCAAGCAACAUAAUCCUUUGUCUCAACUUACCACCCACAACACCACCCACAACACCCCUCCCGCACAAAAGACAAACAAAAAUGUCAACAGCAGCCAACUACCUCCGCGCCCGCGCCGUGCCCAUCAGCAUCGCCGCCGGCCUCGGCGGCAUCUUUUGGUGGCAGACGCGCGGCGGCAAGACCCAGCCCCGCGGCGUAUCGGAGAAACACAGCGCCACCGACACGGGUAACCGCGACAUUUCCGAGACGUUGCAGAAGAUGGGCGGUACGGGCGGACCAGCCGCUCGGAAAGAGCCGCUGGCGGAAGAUCCCAAGGAUACAAGGGUGAUUUCGCAUAGUCCUGGGGCGUAUACGAAGCGGACGCCGGCCAAGACGGGGACGGAGCCCGAGGGGGAGCAGUCUACGGGCGCGGGGAGGAGGGAUACGAAGGAUUAUGGGGGGAAUAAGGUUUAGGGAUUGAGGGGUUGGGUUGAGGGGGGAGGAAGGGGAUGGGGGGAGGU